UCCAGUUCAUGGACAUUCAUGUCGCUGGGGAGUCCCUGAGCGGUGCAAACAGUUAACGUGCUCGGCUGCUAAACAAAGGUUGAGGGUUUGAGUCCAUCCACACGCACCUUGGAAGAAAGGCCUGGUGACCUGCUUCUGAAAACUCAGCCACUGAAAACCCUAUGGAGCACAGCUUCUCUGACACACAUGGGGUCAUGAGUUGGGGGUUGACUUGAUGGCAACUGGUUAGUUUUCAUGUUGCUGGAAGCAGAGUGUGACUGAAGGUGUUGUAUUUGAACCCCUGUUCCGAGUUUUCCGGCUGGGGGCAGGAUGCUGGGCCCGUGCAUCAUCUGGGCUGGAAACCUUGGGUGGAAAUGUUGUCCCCACCCUGUUCUGCUGUCCCCUGGUUGCCAGCCGGGAAUGCUUGAGAUGUCGGGCUAAUUCCUAGGAAUGUCCCAGGUUGGUCCAACCUCCCUCCCCGUCCUUCCGCCCGGCCUUUUUAGGGCAGCAGGAAAGAUGCUGUCACCCACUGCCCUGGCGGUUUCAGCCCUGCCCUCCCAGCCGCAUAACCAAAGGCAAACCCACUGCCAUCAAGUCAACUCUGACUCAUGACGACCCCAUGUGUGUCAGCGUAGAACUGUGCUCCAUAGGGCUUUUGAUGGCUGAGUUUUCAGAAGAUCACCAGGCCUUUCUUCUGAGGCACAUGCACAGGGUCUCCUGCUACUACAUUCAGAAACCGAACGGUACAGUGUAGUGGUUGGGAGCAGGGGCUUUGCGUUCCAGGGACUAGGUUCAAAUCCUGGCUCCGCUUCAUAUUUCUGGGUGAUUUGCGUACAUGGCCUCGCCUUGAGCACAUGGCCUCGCCUCAGAGUCUCCCUUUUCUCAUCUGCAAGGAGCCUGAAUGAGCUCUGUGCACAGCAACCACAGCACAGUGAUUUAACCAGUCCCUGGGGGUGGCAUUAGGUCGUCUCCAGGCUUUGGCUAAUCCAAGCAACAGUGAAUGUGCCGGGCUGGCUUCUUUGCUGCCCUAUGUCGGAUGAGUUCCCCCCGGGUCAAAGGCAUGCCAUUUACGGUUCCAGUAGCAAUUGCUCAACUGGCAUCCAGAGAGCCUCUCAGCAGUCGUACCCUACCAGCAGCACGGGCAGGUCUGUGCCCCCCUCUCGCAGUGGGUUGUUCUGGAUUGUUGUUGUCAUCUAGUUGAGUCCAACUCAUGGCAACCCCAUGUGUGCAGAGUAGAACUGCCCCAUAGGGUUGUCAUGGCCGUGACCUUUCGGAAGCAGGUUGCCAGGCCUUUCUUCCAAGGCACCUUGGUCUUAGUCAUCUAGUGCUGCUACAACAGAAAUACCACAAGUGGAUGGCUUUAACAAAGAAAGUUUAUUUCCUCACAGUAAUGUAGGCUAAAAGUCCAAAUUCGGGGCAUCAGCUCCAGGGGAAGACAUUCUCUCUGUUGGCCUUCUCCUCAGUGUUCCUGCAGACUAGGAGUUUCUUCACGCUGGGACCCUGGGUCCAAAGGAUACACUCUGCUCCCAGCACUGGUUUCUUGGUGGUAUGAGGUCCCCGUCUCUGCUCACUCGCUUCUUUCUUUUAUAUCAGGAGAUUGCCUCAAGACACAAUCCAAUCCUAUAGGCUGAGUCUGGCCUCACUAACACAACUGCCACCCAUCUUCAUUAACAUCAUAGAGGCAGGCUUUACAACAGGUAGAAAAAUCACACAAUACUGGGAAUCAUGGCCCAGCCCAACUGAUACACACAUUUUUGGGGGGACAUAGUUCAAUCCAUGAUAGCUUCUCUGGGUGAGUUGUUCAAACUCACCAAUCUUUCGGCUAGUAGUCAAGCACUUAACCAUUUACACCACCUAGGGACUCCUAGCGGUGUGUUAGACAUUUGAUAUUUGCCAGUCUUGUAGGGCUGGGGAGUCUCAUUUAAGUUUCACGUAUGACAUCAAUCAGUUCUCCAGACAUAGAGAAGCAAUUUGGAUUUCCUUUGCCUCAAAAGCUCUUGGACACUCCUUAAUGCCAGGUACGGUGCUAAAUGGAUCUUUCUAUCCUCAUCGAAGGAGCCAUGGUGGUCCAGUGGUUAAGCUCUGCUGCUAACUGUAAGGCUGGUGGUUUGAACUCACCAGCGGUUCUGUGGGUGAAAGACCUGGUAACCUGCUCCCAUAAAGAUUAACGCCUGGAAAACUCUAUGGGGCAGCUUUCCUCUGUCCUUUAGGGUCACCAUGAGUCAGGAUCUACUCCAUGGCAACGGGGAGUCCUCACUGAAUGGUGUGUGGGAGGGAUAAGGGGAUGGAGGUGUACUCCCAGAGUUACGCAGAGAGAGGCAUGGAAGCCACCAGAGCCUGCCUCUGUCACUGGGACUUGCCGCCACCUCCAUUGUCCACUUGUUGCUGAGACCCAGCGGUUCCUGGUCUCCCUCCUGGUCUGAUGCUCUUUGGUCCCAGGAUGGGGAUGGGGCUGAGGUCCCAAGGUCCCUUUUAGAGACAGGAUCCCCGCAGGGUGAAUUUACUGUCCUGGUCCUUGGCGGUCCUGGGGCCUCUCCCUUUUCCUGUUUUGACGCUGGUUCCACUGGCCUGGAGACAGGCAUGAUGUCUAAUCCUCCAGUGGGGAACUAUGGUGGGGAGUCACCCGCUCCCCACCUGUCAGGCCCCCCGCCCCAGCACACAUAUAGCUGUUCUACCUGGCACAGAAGGCGGGGCUGCUGGGCCUCAGCACCUGAUUGGUGGGGAGGGACCCUACCAGGCAUCCUAUGAUGCCCCCAACUCUCCCUCCUCACAUCAGGUGGCAGGGCUGGGGGUGCUGGCUGCCUGUCCUAGGCUGGGCCCUGGCUGCCACAGCACCCUCAUAAAUCAGGGGGCUUAGGGGAUAUCGGAAGUGAGCCUGUGGAAUGUCUGGACUGGGGGGGUGUGAGCCCUUAACUCUUAGGAGCGCAGGUGGGUGGGGCAGGAGCUGCUGCCUGCAUCCCAGGAUGAGGGGCCUGGCAGGGAAGAGUGACCCCCCCCAAGCCCAGCCAGAGGCAUAAAUUGAGGGCAGGGACUCCCUGCCCUCAGGACCUGCCUGUCACCAUGGCCCCAGGAGGAGGCCUGUUCCACUGUCUCCUGCUCCUGUGGCUGCUACUGGGCCUCAGCUGGGGCCCCGCUGCUCUGGGGUCCCCGGUGGCGGAGUCUGGUGAGUUCUGGACUGAGCAUGUAGCAGGGACCGGAGGGACCCAGAGGCCGUGGCUGGGCACCGGCCACCCCCUCGCCCGCCUGCGCCGAGCCACGGCCAGCCCGUGCCGGCUGUGGAGCCUGACCCUGCCGGUGGCCGAGCUGGGCCUGGGCUACGCCUCGGAGGAGAGGGUGGUCUUCCGCUACUGCGCCGGCAGCUGCCCCCACGGCGCCCGCACCCAGCACGGCCUGACGCUGGCCUGGCUGCGGGGCCAGGGUCGCGCCCACAGUGGGCCUUGCUGCCGGCCCACCCGCUACACCGAUGUGGCCUUCCUCGACGACAGCCACCGCUGGCAGCGGCUGGUCCAGCUCUCGGCGGCCGCCUGCGGCUGCGACUGAGAGAACCCAGCUGGUGCCAGGAGCCCCGCUCACUUAUUGGAGUCUCGGGUGCGGAGGAGGGGAGGUGGGCUGGGUGGCCAGCAGUCGGUACAAUAAAGGAAGUGGUCUCUUGGCCUGGGACCCUGUGUUCAGCCGACGUGAGACUUGCCACCUCGACUCCCAAUGGGCAGGCGGGACCCGGGAUUCCCCUGCAAACUCCAGCCCCAGCAAACGGAGGCGUGGUGGUCGCUUCUCCAACUUUAUUAGCACAGUGUCUUUGACAGGUGGGAGGAAGGGUCAGCUGGCUGUGGGGGGCUGUCCAGGCUCUCCUGGCCCCAUAUCCUCAGGGGCUGAGCCGCAGAUCUCUGAGAUGCGUCGGGCCCGGGGAAUCCGGCGCUCCCCAAAAAAGGAGUCUUCAUCCUGAAGGAUUUCGUGGGAGAAGUCAUACCGGGCGGAGCCCCUGCAAGAGAAACCCGAGGCUGUAACUCGGAGUGGGGGAAGCCCCUGACCAGCAGUCCUGGGUCCCAGGCCCACUGGCAGCUUGUGGCGCCUGCUGGGUCUGAGGAAAAGGGGUAAUGGUGGUGGCUGCUGCCAGCACUCAAUGUGGGCGUCAGGCAGGCGGCCCGUGGGGGGCUGGGGACCCUCGGGCUCGCAGUACCUAAGG